AUGGCGGCUGGGGUCCUGGGGCAGGGCGGGGGGGAGCCCCGCGCCUUUGGGAAGGGGGGCGCCUGUCACGUGCUGAGCUCUCCGGUGUGGGGAUGGGUGCGUGGCAGGCUGGUCGCCCUAGUGGCCCGUGCGGGGGCCCUGGGUGUGGGGUUUCCUUGCUUUCCCUCUGUGGGCGAAGGCCCUGGGGCUGCCCCGCCGUCGCCUGAGGAAGAGUGCAUCUCCCAGGCGGCCCAGGGUCUCCAUGCGCUGCCCUCCAUCCCGGAUUCCGCCCAGGGCGAGGGCGAUGCAACGUUUCCACCAGCCAGGCUGGACCAGGGCGCGGGCCAGGCCCCCAGCUGCAGCCACAGCCCGAGCGGGAAGAAGUUCCGGAGCAAGCCGCAGCUGGCGCGCUACCUCGGGGGCUCCAUGGACCUCAGCACCUUCGACUUCCGCACAGGCAAGAUGCUGAUGACCAAGGUCAACAAGAGCCGCCAGCGCGUGCGCUACGACUCAUCCAACCAGGUCAAGGGGAAGCCGGAUCUGAAUACGGCGCUGCCUGUCAGGCAGACGGCGUCCAUCUUCAAGCAGCCGGUGACCAAGAUUACCAACCACCCUAGCAACAAAGUGAAGAGCGACCCGCAGAAGGCUGUGGACCAGCCGCGGCAGCUCUUCUGGGAGAAGAAGCUGAGUGGCCUGAAUGCCUUCGACAUCGCGGAGGAGCUGGUGAAGACCAUGGACCUCCCCAAGGGCCUGCAAGGUGAGGGCCGGGCCGCCCCGACCGAGCCGCUGCUGUCCGCCAUCGCCAGUGCCCUGCACACCAGCAGCACACCCAUCACCGGGCAGCUGUCGGCCGCCGUGGAGAAGAACCCCGGCGUGUGGCUCAACACGGCGCAGCCGCUGUGCAAGGCCUUCAUGGUGACCGACGAGGACAUCAGGAAGCAGGAGGAGCUGGUACAGCAGGUGCGGAAGCGGUUGGAGGAGGCGCUGAUGGCUGACAUGUUGGCGCACGUGGAGGAGCUGGCCCGGGACGGCGACGCACCGCUGGCCAAGGCCUGUGCUGAGGACGAGGAGGACGAGGACGAGGACGACGAGCCCGAGCAGGACCCGGAGCUGGAGCGCGUCUAGCCAGUGCCAUGGGGGCAGCCCCGUGCCCCUGCACGGCCCAGGUGUCCACUCCCACCUCACUGAGGCCGCCUGCAUUCAGGCCACCUGCCCGAGGCGGGCAGCUCAGCGGGGAGGGGCGGUCCUCCUGCCUGGGACCUGGGGCAGCCGGCCGGGGCCGGCCCUACAGACCCCCCACGCUGCCCUCUGCAGGCCCCGGGUCUGGACGUGCCGGUCACCUGUGCUCUUCCUGGCCGGAGCCCCUGCCCAGUCUUCCACAUGUGGACACGGGCCCGGAGAUGCCCCCGACCGCAAGGCCAGCUUGUCCCUGUGGGCUUGCCCCAAGUUCCCUGAACCAGGAGAGCUGCCAGCAGGCACGGGCCGGUCGCAGCACCGCGGAGCCCAGCCAGGAGGCUGGAGAUGUACUUGAAACGGCCUGCCCCAGAGAGCCGCCGUGCAGGAGGAAGGUGGCCCUCGGGAGGGGUGCAGGACGGCCCUUCCCUGGUGCCGCCGCCCGGCCGGACGGACUAAACGUGUGGGCCGGCCCAGGAGGUCGCGUCCUUCAAUAAACCCGUGACCCAGAUGA